AUGGUGAAAUCGAGUAAAGAUACAAGAUACGCUAAAUAUUCAAUGGUGACGCAUGAUGGAAUUGGAUUCCCUUGCUGGGCUCUUCCGGAUCUUAUGUCGUUUCCAGACAUAUUCGGACAAGAUGGUUAUGCCAAGCUUGAUGUGAUUGGCAUUGAGGAAUCUCAGUUCUUUGGAGAUCUUUAUGAGUUUUGCUGCAAAGUCGCUGAUGAUGAUGGCAACACUAUUGUUGCAGGUCGUGAUGGUGACUAUUUACGAAGGAUCUUUGGAGCUGUUCUUGACAUUAUACCUUUAGCUGAUUCUGUGAUGAAGCUAACUGCAAGGUUUGAG